CAGCGAAGGCCCAUCUGCUGCGGGCACAGCGAAAAUGCCUACCCAGAAGGUCCCAGGGUGGCUAUGCAAGGCAACAGGGCUGGGACACCGGUGCAGCGGAUACUCGUGUCAGGGUGGAUUUCUUGCCGCCUAACAGAACACACUUUCUCAGACUUGUAGGUGCGCCGCCCACCACGUUAGACACGCUUUCACAAGCGCGAAGAAGACAGUGCCCUUGCCUUUGAGAGGCUGCAGGUGCGGGCACGUCUCACACGACCCCUUUGGAAUAAACUCCCGAACUUACGAGGCAUAAGAAAUGAGAAGAAACUCAGAAAAAAAAUGUAGGUAGCUGGAAUGUAAUCUAUUCCAGUGAUACAGACUCAGAAGGCGGCUGUAAUUAUAUCACAGGGGUCCAGACUCAGAAGAUGGUGCUGAGAUGGGGCAGGAAAGAGUUCUGAAGAAAAAGUUCUUCUCGUGGACCAAGAGACAGUGAGGCGCGUGGCUCUGCUGUCCUCUUCCUUGGAACACAGAGGCAGGGGGCGGUGGUUUAGGAACCACCGAAGGGGAUGCAGGCACAAAGAGUGUAAGAGCAAGGGGACCAGGAGAUCUGCUGUGAGAUUGUCCCCAGAAGUGACAGGGGAGGUGUGCCUGUGACACCUCAACAGUUUGGUUGCCUGAACAAGAGACCUGAACAAGGACAACACCAAUGGACAUCCUGACACGGAAAAAUGAAAUCUCGUGCCGCCUAACCCCAGACAAGAGUUACAGGCAGCGGAGGGAUGAUGAGAGCCUGCCUCUGAGGACAAGCCUCCCAACUGGUUAUUCAAUACCAAGAGGCCAGCCCUGAAGUCAUAUGCAUUCAAGCAGCACUGAAUGACUCGAUUUUACUGUGUAGACCAGGCUGGCCUCAACCUCACAGAAGUCUGCCUGCCUCUGUCUCCUGAGUGAUUAAAGGUAUAUAUCACCAUAUUUCAAAAGCAAACAUUCAUGAAAGCCAACCAUGCACGAAAAAGCAAUAAGAAAAUCAAAUAAUAAAAUAAAGUGAUUUUAACAGAUAUGACUACCCAUGUGAAUAAAGCUGACCCCCCAAAAAACCAUAGGUUAUUAAAUGAAAAUCCCAGUGUUAGAGAUAGGCUACUCCCAGUGAGUUGUUAGACAGGGAGACCUCUGACCCUCAACACACACGCACACACGUGCACACACACGAACACGCACAGCAAGCAGUUGCCACCGCUGCUGGGUUUCCACCAGAACGAAGACCUUGCUGCCAAAGGUGACUCGUGCUUUGGUUGCCGGAUGUGCUAAAAUCAGGCUGGUAUUAAGAAGCACCCUUCCUGCUCGCUAAACGCUAAACCGCACAGUGCUGAGGUGCUCUGCAGGCUGCUGGGGGAGAACUGUCACCAACAUUGUUAUUUGGCGGUGGACACCGUUGCGACCAUACCUACUGGCCGGAUAGCAGGAGCUCACUGGUGCAAUGGCAGCGGCACGUCUGGCGAGCAGGCGUCUCAAACUUCUAACGUGAUCCUCCAGCUGGGUGACACUCCUGAGCAGCUAGGAGUGCAGACGGCACCGCCGUGCUCAGUUCUCUGGAGACAUCCUGACCUAGAAUCUGUAUCACUCCCAGCAAGGAGGCUUUGGGGCGAACAGUCCAGGGAGAAGAUAGGUGACUCCAGUGUCUGUCUUCUUGCCUGCUGGGGUGCGACAGGUGUCACCCAGGCCUCUGUGCUCACUGGGGGCCCGUGGAAAGCUGAACUCACUUGGGUAGAGCCAUACCUUCUGCCUUAUCUCCGGGAAGCCAAGGGGAGAGACUCUCGCUCUGAGGAAUGGACCAAAGAGAAAUCCUGCAGCAGUUACUGAACGAGGCCCAGAAAAAGAAGAUUAAGAAGGAGGAGUUUGCCAAUGAAUUUCUGAAGCUGAAAAGGCAAUCUGCCAAGUACAAGGCAGACAAAACAUAUACUACAGCUGUGGCUCAGAGGCCCAAGAAUAUCAAGAAAAACAGAUACAAGGAUAUUUUGCCCUAUGAUCACAGCCUGGUAGAGCUGUCUCUGAUAACUUCUGAUGACGAUUCCACUUUUAUCAAUGCCAACUUCAUUAAGGGUGUCUAUGGACCCAGGGCUUAUAUUGCCACCCAGGGUCCUUUGUCUACAACUGUCCUGGACUUCUGGAGGAUGAUCUGGGAAUACCGUGUCUUGGUCAUUGUCAUGGCGUGUAUGGAGUUUGAAAUGGGAAAGAAAAAGUGUGAGCGCUAUUGGGCUGAGCUAGGAGAGACGCCGCUGCAGUUUGGCCCCUUUUCUAUAUCCUGUGAAGCUGAGAAAAAGAAAUCUGAUUAUAGGAUCAGGACUCUGAAAGCCAAGUUCAACAGUGAGAUUCGCAUUAUUUACCAGUUUCAUUAUAAGAACUGGCCAGAUCAUGAUGUGCCUUCGUCUGUAGACCCCAUCCUGGAGCUCAUCUGGGAUAUACGUUGUUACCAAGAAGACCACUGUGCUCCUGUUUGUGUUCACUGCAGUGCCGGCUGUGGAAGGACAGGUGUCAUCUGCGCUAUUGAUUAUACAUGGAUGUUGCUGAAAGAUGGGAUAAUUCCUGAGAACUUCAGUGUUUUUAAUUUGAUCCAGGAAAUGCGGACACAGAGGCCUUCGCUAGUUCAAACUCAGGAGCAAUACGAAUUGGUCUACAGCGCCGUGUUAGAACUAUUUAAGAGGCAUAUGGAUAUUAUCUUUGAUAAUCACUCUGGAAGAAAGAUUGAAGCAGAGUUUUCAAUUCCUGAACAAAAUCUCACAGUACAAGCUGACUCUUGUCCUUCGGAUUUAACAAUAAACGCAAUGAAAGAUGCAAAAAUGACAACCCAACAGGGCAAGCAAAGGGCCGAAGAGGCGAGCGCAGAUGCUCCUUCCUUCAGCUUUAGGACUUGUGAGAUCAGUGCCAAGGAAGGGUUGGUUUUGAGCUCGGCGAAGUCAAGUCCCUUAGACCUUCUGGAGCUAAACUGUGGGUGUAACAAGAAGGCUGUCAUAACCAGGAACGGGCAGGCAAAGGCAUCUCCAGUAAUGGGGGAACCCCUUCAGAAGUAUCAAAGUUUGGAUUUGGGUUCCAUUUUGUUUGGGUCCUGCCCUAGUGCUCCACCCAUUAUUAACACAGCAGGUGGGUGUCCCGAUUCGAGGCGGCCAGUGAUACGGACCAAAUCAACCCCUUUUGAACUGAUUCACCAGAGAAAAACAAACGAGUUGGACAUAGAAGACGGUUCUUCACGUUUGGAAUCUCAGCUGCAUGAGCCUUGUCUCAUGGGGCUGCAGGCGCCAAGUGCGGCCCACGUUUCUUCAGAAGAACUGAAUUAUUCACUGCCUUGUGCCUCCGAGCACCCAGCCUAUGACGCCUCUGACGGCCCCGGCGCGCUUAGAGUGCAUUCUUGGAUGUCUUUGGUAGAAGAUCCUUAUUUUCCAUCAUCACCUCCAAAUAGUGCUGAUUCUAAGAUGUCUUUUGAUCUGCCUGAGAAGCAGGAUGGAGCCACUUUCCCUUGUGCUCUGUUGCCAGCCUCUUCUACGACUCCCUUUUCUUAUUGCAACGCGCAUGAUUCUUUAACUGCAAGCCCUCUGACCAGUCUUUCCCCACCGUUAAACCAAGAGACAGCUACAGAAGCUACUUCUCCAAGAACAGAUGAGGACGAAAUCCCCCCACCACUCCCUGAAAGAACGCCAGAGUCUUUCAUUGUGGCUGAGGAAGCUGGAGAAUUCUCAGCAAGUGCUGCUGAACCUUUACCUCUGAUGAAGAUGAACACUGGAGCAUUGCUGGAACCAAGUAGAACAUCUGAAUCAAAUAUCCACAACUCUGUGGGACUUACACCAAGCAAGAAUGUGAAACUCCGAAGUCCCGCAUCAGAUCGACAGCAGGAUGAUUCUCCUCCACCUCCGCUCCCAGAAAGAACUCUGGAGUCCUUUUUUCUUGCUGAUGAGGACUGUAUGCAGGCCCAACCCAUGGAGGCUCACUCUGCCAGCUCUCCUGAGACCACAGAGAGUGCAACAUCUUCUAAGCAAACACUGAAGACCCCUGGGAAAAGUUUCACAAGGAGCAAGAGUUUGAAGAUUUUCCGAAACAUGAAAAAAAGUGUUUGUAAUUCUUCCUGUCCAAGCAAGCCUACAGAAUGUGUUCAGCCAAAAAACUCCAGCUGUUUUUUGAAUUUUGGUUUUGGAAAUCGAUUUUCAAAACCCAAAGGACCAAGAAACCCACCAUCAACUUGGAAUAUUUAAUAUACUUCUGUACUUAUAAGAACAUUGCUUGAAAUUGUGCCUAUAAAUUAAAAUACUAGAAUACUGCUAUAAUAAUAUCAAUAAUGAAAAUACAUUGUUGCCAACAGCUUUUAAAAGGAAAGCAAUGAGAAUAACUUCUAGCAACAUUGUAUUUUCAUAUUCUUGACAUUUAAUUGGGAACUGCCAAUAAAGUUUGUUACUUGAGUUUAUGUUUUAAAAUGGAUUUAUUUUUAAUUUUUGGAAGUUACUUUAUUUUGCUUUCUAUGUAAAUGUAAAUUUUCGUUUUGAGAUUAUGUCUUUCUGUGUUAGUCUUGAAUCUUUGAAGUGAUGCCCCUGCCAUUACCUCCAGAGGGCUAGGAUUAAAGACACACAAAACCAGCAUAAACAUUAAUUUUAAGAGGCUUGUAAGAAUUUGAUCUCAACUAAAUUUUCUUUAAAAUAUUUUUAUGUGUGCAAGUGUUUCUGCCUGCAUCUACGGAUGUAUGGCAUCUAUGUGCAGUGCCCAUUGAGGCCAGAAGAGGGAGUUGGAUCCCUUUGAAUUGGGAUUACAGGUUGAGUUGCUACCUGAGUUCUGGGAACUGAAUCAGGGUCCUCUGCAAAAGCAGUAAGUAUUCUUAGCCAUCUGAGCCAUCUCUUCAGCCCUUCAACUAAAUUCAUACAUCGCCUUAGUAGUAAAAAUAACUUAAAAAAAAAAAUAGACAGGUCUCACUCUGCAGCCCCAGGCUGGCCUCACACUGAUGAUCCUGAAAAUGCUGAUGUUGCAGGUGUACUCCAUCAUGGCUGCCUAAAGGUUUAACUUAAAACACAAAACAAAGCGAAAACCCCUUUGUGUCUGCAGUACAAAAUUACUGCUUGAGACAGUGACUAUUCUUCCUGGGAUGUUAUUUUUGUCUAGCUGGAAUACACCUCCUCCAUCUUCCCAAAUGCUGUGUAAAAGAAGGAAAAAUAUUAAAGAGAAUGAGGUACAAAUCAUGGAAGUGAUCAUUUUUGUAUUGCUAUAACAAGAUGUUCAGCUAUAUUCCACAUAAGUUCCCCCAUUUUUUUUAUUAGUUACAGUUUGUUCACUUUGUAUCCCAGCUAUAGCCCCCUCCCUCAUUCCCAAUCUCACCUCCCUCUUCUCCUAUGCCUCUCGCCUCCACAUAAGUUUUAGUUACCAAUCCUAGAAAAAUAAUCAACCUUACUUUUUGUUAGCACUUUAAAAUUAUUUUUAAUUUUCUGAUAGUGUUUUCUUCAUAGAAAAGGUCCUAUAUAAACAUGUGCAAUUUAUGUUCACAACCAUUUAAAGGUCCUGGUAAUUUAAAAAAUGUACUUCUGUAUGACUAUGGAGUUUCCUAAAUAAAUUAUAUUUCAAACCUA